GAAACUCAGAGAAUCUCCUCACUCGAAAUCAGCUGAACUCACAUCUCCAUCAACAUGUCCUACAACUGCUGCUCUGGGAACUUCUCCUCCCGCUCUCUUGGGGGCUACCUGCACUACCCAGGCUCCUGCUGUGGCUCUUCCUACCCCAGCAACCUGGUCUACAGCACUGACCGCUGCUCCCCCAGCACAUGCCAGCUGGGCUCCUCUCUCUACGGUGACUGUCAGGAGACCUGCUGUGAGCCCACCAGCUGCCAGACGUCCUGUGUGGUAUCCAGACCCUGCCAGACGUCCUGCUACCGCCCAAGGACCUCCACGCUCUGCAUUCCCUGCCCGCCAACUUACACAGGGUCUCUGGGCUGUGGGUCCAGCAGCAGCUGCUCCCUGGGCUAUGGAUCCAGGAGCCGCUUCUCCCUGGGCUAUGGAUCCAGGAGCCGCUACUCCCUGAGCUGUGGUUCCAGUGGCUUCAGACCCCUCGGUUAUGGAGUCUGUGGCUUUCCUUCCUUGGGGUAUGGGUCUGGAUUCUGCCACCCAACUUACCUGGCCCCUAGGAUCUGCCAGUCUUCUUAUUACAGACCAACCUAUAGAUCAGCCUUCUGUAGAUCAAAUUGUUGA